UUUUUCAGUCACCGGUCGACGCUGCGCCGGGCACCGUCGUCGUCGUGAUUACCGGCCGCGAACGCGCGGCUUAUUCAGCUGGCCACCACCGCCGUGUGCGCAACCCGUGUACGUCCGCGCUGGCGGCCGCGUGUCCGCACGACCGACAUCGCGGUCGAUAGACCCCGCGGCUCACGAGAGGAACACGACGAUCAGGUGGAUAGGAUAUCCGCGAAAGGUGCUAGUGGGUCAGUUCUGGCCACGCGCUUCACGUGACUCUUCUUCGAAACCUGAUCGCAUCACCGGGAGUCCCGUUCUCUGUUUUUCUCUCUUUCUCUCUCUCUCUCGCUCUUCUCUCUCUCUCUCUCUCUCUCUCUCUCUCUCGAAGAUUCCGCGCCGCGUGACCUCGCGGUGAAAAUCGCGCGCGAUCAUCCUCCAGGGACACCGCGCCACCGGAGCAAGGUUACUGCGCGCUCGCCACGUCCCCAGGUGAGAAGCGCAGGUGAGAGGAAGACCGGGCAGGCGCGUCGAGAGGUAGCUUCGCACUUGGGUCCGCUACCCUCCGCAGAGCUCCGCCGUAAGAUGCGAUCAGCGGCCGCUCGCUUGCCGCCAGGAUCGCGACAGUGUGGAGCAGCGCGCGACGAGUAUCAAGGUUGAGACAGGAGCCCGAGGGCGAAGAGGAUCGACGUGUUCGCGGCGAGGUGUUGUCGGACGAGCGAAUCGAGCGUGAGCGUGAGCGUCCCCGAUGACGCCGUCGGGAUCGGCUGAUUAGUGUCAGGAUCGCGAUCGCGCGCGCGGAAAGCACUGCGGACGCAAGCAAGCUCGGGCGAUGAGAAUCUCGCCCCGCGAGGAGUCCGCGUACCGUCGCCUCACGCAGCCCCGGGCGCCGAGGAGGCCGCGACGUCGUUGAGAAGGACACGCCGUGCGCGCGAUAGAGGGGCAGCACUCCACAACAAGGGGACUCGAGGAUGUCGCUGCACUAUCCUCAGGGUUACCGGUACCGAUCCGCGUCGAGAGCGGGCGGCGGCGCCGGGGAGCAGGGCUCCGACAGCGACGUGGCGGAGCUCAGCGACCUCGAGGACGACGAGGACGAGGACGGGGCAUGCGAGUCCGCCGACAGGCGUAUGGUCGUGGAGGAGGACGACGAGGACGGUGAGAACGACGAUGAUGAUGAGGAUGACGAGGACGACGAUGACGACGACGACGACGACGAGGAUGACGAGGACGAGGAGGAGGAGGGCGAGGGUCUGCCCUAUCCAGGUUUCGUUCCGAUUGCUCUCAGAUAUCUCGACCAGGCCAGACGACCGCGCAACUGGUGUCUCGCGCUGAUCACCAAUCCGUGGUUCGAAAGGGUGAGCAUGAUGGUGAUCCUUCUCAACUGCAUCACGCUAGGGAUGUACCAGCCGUGCGUGGACGACCAGUGCGUAACGAAUCGAUGUAAGAUACUGCAGAUGUUCGAUGAUAUCAUUUUUGCCUUCUUCUCCCUGGAGAUGACCAUAAAGAUGGUGGCGAUGGGAAUUUACGGUAAAGGAACUUAUCUCGCGGAUUCCUGGAAUAGAUUAGACUUCUUUAUAGUACUGGCUGGCGCUUUGGAAUACUGCCUAAACGUGGAAAAUAUGAAUCUGUCAGCCAUACGAACGAUAAGGGUUUUAAGGCCGUUACGAGCGAUCAAUCGAAUACCAAGUAUGCGGAUACUGGUGAUGCUGCUGCUCGACACCCUUCCUAUGCUGGGCAACGUCUUGUUACUGUGCUUCUUCGUCUUCUUCAUAUUCGGUAUCGUCGGUGUGCAGCUGUGGGAGGGAAUACUGCGCCAGCGUUGCUUCCUCAAGGCCCUGCCCAACAUCAAGUAUCCCGAGUUACUCUGGAACGAGUACUCGGUUCGAUCACGCAUUUACGAUCUGGAGAAGUAUUUCGAGUAUCAGGGUCAGGAUUACAUUUGUUCGCGUCCCGACGACAGUGGGAUGCACUCCUGCAGUAAUCUGCCGCCGCUUAAGUUAGGGAACGUGGUGUGCAACAAUACCGCUGUGCCAAACAGUAACGUCACCUUCAUCAACAAUGACACCUGCGUUAAUUGGAACUACUACUACACCGAGUGCAAGGGUCAGGGCAACAAUCCAUUCCAAGGAACAAUUUCAUUCGAUAACAUCGGUCUCGCUUGGGUCGCCAUAUUUCUUGUAAUUAGUUUGGAAGGAUGGACGGACAUAAUGUAUUACGUGCAAGACGCCCACUCCUUCUGGGACUGGAUAUAUUUCGUCCUCCUGAUAGUCAUCGGCUCGUUCUUCAUGAUCAAUCUAUGCCUGGUCGUAAUCGCGACGCAAUUCUCGGAGACGAAGAAGCGGGAGAUGGAGAGGAUGCGAUUGGAGCGCGCGCGCUACCAUUCGACCUCGACGCUCGCGUCGUCCACGAAUACCUCGGAGCCUACUACUUGUUACGCCGAAAUCGUCAAAUACAUCGGACACCUCUGGCGACGGGGUAAACGAAGACUGAUGAAGAGGUAUCGCCUGUGGCUGUACAGGAGACAGCAGAAGCGGGAGCAGAAUCUGCUCAAAGAGCAGCAGAGCCAGACGUUCCGCUCGAAUGCCACCGCUGUCGGACCGAAUCGAGUGCCGGGCGAUAGAAGACUGCAUCAUGGAAGGUGUCCGCGACUUCUCGCUGCGCUGGAAUACGCGGAGCAGCAACAGCAGCAACAACAGCAAUUGCAAGUAACUGGCAAUGGAAACGGCGGAUCUGUCGCUGAUUUCGCCACGAUCACACCUCUGGUGCAAUCGACGGUGGCAGUCGCGACGCCUACGACCGGCGGUAAUAGCGUCGGUGGCAGCGGAAACUUGGGUACUGCGCCGCGCGCCAGCCCCGAGAUUUCCGAGGCCGAGGCUUCUGCAAAUAUGUGCCACAGAUUGAGCGUACAUCGCGCCUCCUCCGUGUCCUGCAACGGAAAUGACAACGCCGUCGUCGGAAAUCCAGUCGAGACGAACAGCACGUUGUUGAGUCCACCAUGUACGCAUUAUCGGAGAAGAAGCAGCGUAAUGUUUAGCGACGUGGUACUGCUCCAUGGCAGCAAUAAUGUCGGGAAUGCGUUGCAGCCGGGGACGGUGAUGCCGGGCGAACGUAACGUAUGCUCGAGCGAGAAGAUGACGCAGACGGGCGAUGGUAACGUUUGGUCCAGUCCGCUGCCGGACCACGUACAGAUGCAAGCCGAACUUGGUGGCAACGAGGCCAUGACGUGUCAGGAGUUGCUGGCUCUCAGCGGUGCUCUCAGCGCUGCCCUACCCACCGGUCAAUUAGCCCUCGAUUCGUUUCUAAACUCUCUUACGAAAGGUAUAACAGAUCGUCACAUCACGCUGGAGGACCGCACGCAGUGGUUAACAUCCGACGUUGAUAAUUGUUCCUGUUGCUGCGAGCUGCAGGGUGGCGAACAGUGGCCGGAAGACGGCGAAAAGUGGCAGAAGAUCUCGCGGGCGAGACGAUUUUUCGGACGCUCCGUGAGCUGCUGCAUCUGCACGCUGCGCUGCAUGAGGCGGUGGAUCAAGAAGCUUGUCGAGCACAAAUACUUUCAGCAGGGUAUUCUUCUGGCGAUCCUCAUUAACACUAUGAGCAUGGGAAUCGAGUAUCACAAUCAGCCGGAACAAUUAACAGUGGCUGUUGAGAUAAGCAACAUUGUGUUCUCGGCAAUCUUCGCGGUGGAAAUGUUGCUUAAGGUAAUAGCGGAAGGCCCGUUCGGUUAUAUCAGCAACGGCUUCAAUGUCUUCGACGGUAUCGUCGUCGUCCUCAGUGCGGUCGAGUUGUGCCAGGCAGUCGUGGAAGAGCGCGGUGGCAGUUCCGGUCUGAGUGUUCUGCGCACCUUCCGCCUGCUCAGGAUCCUGAAGCUGGUGCGGUUCCUGCCCAACCUGCGACGACAGCUCUUCGUGAUGCUGCGCACCAUGGAUAACGUUGCCGUAUUCUUUUCUCUUUUAGUACUUUUCAUCUUUAUAUUCAGCAUCCUAGGGAUGUACCUGUUCGGGGGUAAGUUUUGCAUGUGGGCGGACCGGAGUCGGCCCUGCACCUGUGCCGAGGUGGUCUCGCGGCACCCAAUGUGCCGCUGUGAUCGCAAACAUUUCAACGACAUCGUCUGGGCACUAGUCACUGUCUUUCAGAUCCUCACGCAGGAGGAUUGGAACGUCGUCCUCUUUAACGGUAUGCAGAAGACAUCUCAUUGGGCCGCACUUUAUUUCGUAGCGUUGAUGACCUUCGGCAAUUACGUUCUGUUUAAUCUUCUGGUCGCCAUUCUUGUUGAAGGUUUCUCGUCGGAGAGAAAUGAGAGGAGAGAACGGGAGCAGAGAGAAAUGGCGAAAAGGCUCGCUGCGAAGGAGGCAGCUGGAAUGGGCAGCGAGGACGGGUCGUCAAGGGUGUCGGGAUCACAUUCGAUCUCUGACAGCGAUACGUAUACGCAGGAUCAAAAGAAUUCGUGGCAGAGCGCGGAGGAGCUGAGAAAGUACAAGGACAACAGGGAGAAACAGAACAGCGUGUGGAAGCAACGGAUCGAUGAACCUAAAUGUAACAUUCAGAAAGAGAGCAAGAUGAUGGGUGUGGCGGGACAACCGCCAAUAAUCACUCAUACAGCGGCGACUCCUCAAGACUCUCCGAACACCACGUUGGAUGUCGGCUACAGAGAUCUCAAUUGUCGAGCAGUUUAUCCCGCGGCCGCUCUUUCAAUCGAGUCCAUCGAUCGAUCUGGUAGUCAAUGCAGUAUACCCUCGGGGUUGUUAAAGCUGCCCGACGUGUCUAAUAAAAUACCGACGAAUAACUUAAUAGCCGGUCAAUUCCCGAGACGCAUAAGCCUUGUUACGGCCGUUGUUAAUCCCUCGACGAGGGACUCGAGUUCCAGUCCACCGAGGAUUCAAAGAGGAUACUCGUGGCGCUUAUCACGGCCGUCUUUACGGAGAAAACGAUGGUCGCAAAGUGAUGACGAGCACACAGGCCAUACUACUGUACUUAAUAACGGGCGCAGUACUUUCGUCGGAUCCAAUCCAACUUUCAAUGGCGGUUACAUACACGGUUCGAUAAGAAAUGACACGCAACGCGACGCGCCCAAUAAUCGAACUACCGUCCUGACAAGCAAUAAUCGUAGUUUGAGUCCUAAUAAUUCGCUCGAUAGCCAUGGCCCAUGGUCGAUUCGUCGUUACACAGUCACGCCUAAUCAGAUGCGAUGGAUCGGCGAGCUUUCGCGAAGAAAUUCGCUACGUGGAUAUGAGAAUGUUCAAACGUCCACGAGAAAAACGCCAUUGGACGAGAUGCUCGCGCCGUCCUCAACUCCACGCACGAUCAACAAUCUCUCGAUGGAGACUGGUCCACUGCCGAGAAUCAAACGACUUCCUGAACAUGAUGAGGAGCAUUUGAGAACAGGCGAGCAGACACCGCCGUCCAAUGGUCACGGAAGUACGAGUAACGUCGCGCAAAUCAAAAAGAUAUUCAUGUUCUUUGAACCUAAGGGCUGCUUACAGGAGCGCGAAAAUUAUUCCCUGUAUUUAUUUCCACCAAAUAAUAGGUUUCGUAUUUUAUGUCAAUGGUUGGUUGAUCAAAAAUGGUUUGACAAUGUAGUACUCCUGUUCAUUGGAUUAAAUUGUAUUACUUUGGCAAUGGAGCGACCGAAUAUACCGCCGGACAGCCGCGAGAGAAUUUUUCUAGCCACCGCGAAUUACAUUUUUACUGGCGUUUUCGCUAUUGAGAUGUUUAUUAAGGUCGUUGCAACGAGUAUGUUGUAUGGUCCAGACGCAUAUUUUACAUCCGGCUGGAAUAUUAUGGACGGAUCUCUCGUUAUCAUUUCCAUAAUCGAUUUAUCGAUGUCGCUGCUUUCAUCUAGUAGCCCCAGAAUAUUUGGAAUAUUAAGAGUAUUUCGAUUGCUGAGAUCACUAAGACCUCUGCGAGUCAUCAAUCGUGCACCUGGUUUAAAGUUAGUUGUUCAGACGUUGCUGUCCUCAUUGCGGCCCAUCGGCAAUAUCGUUCUAAUCUGCUGCACGUUUUUCGUGAUCUUCGGUAUUCUUGGGGUGCAACUAUUCAAGGGUGCGUUUUAUUAUUGCGAAGGUCCCGACAUUAAAACCGUGCGCAAUAAAACGGAUUGUUUGGCCGAUAAACGAAACGUGUGGCUCAACAGAAAGUAUAAUUUUGACGAUCUCGGGAAAGCUCUCAUGUCAUUGUUCGUCUUGUCGUCGCGAGACGGAUGGGUGAAUAUCAUGUAUACCGGUCUAGACGCUGUUGGAGUCGAUCAGCAGCCUAUCGAGAAUUAUUCUGAGUGGCGUUUACUAUAUUUCAUCGCAUUCAUAUUGUUGGUGGGUUUCUUCGUGCUAAACAUGUUCGUCGGCGUGGUGGUGGAGAACUUUCAUAGGUGCCGGGAGGAACAGGAGAAAGAGGAACGCGUGCGAAGAGCGGCUAAGCGCGCGUUGCAAAUGGAGAAAAAAAGACGAAAGAUGCACGAACCGCCGUAUUACACCACCUACUCCAAAUCACGACUAUUCGUUCACAACGUCGUAACGUCCAAGUACUUCGAUCUGGCGAUCGCCGCCGUUAUCGGUCUCAACGUUGUCACGAUGGCGAUGGAGUUUUACAUGAUGCCGAAAGCGCUCACUUACGCCUUAAAAAUAUUCAAUUAUUUCUUCACAGCCGUGUUUAUUCUCGAAUCUUUUAUGAAGCUUGUCGCCCUCGGUGUGCAGCUUUAUUUGAAGGACAAAUGGAAUCAAUUAGACGUGGGAAUAGUGAUACUAUCAGUGGUAGGCAUCGUGCUGGAGGAGGUCGAAUCCAAGAUCAUUCCCAUUAAUCCUACUAUAAUUCGCGUGAUGCGAGUGCUGCGGAUAGCCCGAGUGUUGAAACUCCUGAAAAUGGCGAAGGGCAUACGUGCCCUUUUGGACACUGUGAUGCAGGCAUUACCGCAGGUCGGCAACCUGGGAUUGUUGUUCUUUUUGCUCUUCUUUAUAUUCGCCGCGCUGGGAGUGGAACUCUUUGGUCGACUAGAAUGCAACGAUGAUAUGCCGUGUCAAGGUCUUGGCGAGCACGCGCAUUUCAGUAACUUCGGUAUGGCCUUCCUAACGCUUUUCCGAGUUGCUACUGGUGACAAUUGGAACGGAAUCAUGAAGGACACAUUGAGGGAUGAUUGCGACGACGCGGCGGACUGUGUUAAGAAUUGUUGCGUGAGCAGUGUUAUCGCGCCGAUAUUUUUCGUAAUUUUCGUUCUGAUGGCGCAAUUUGUAUUAGUGAACGUUGUCGUCGCUGUACUCAUGAAACAUCUGGAAGAGAGUCACAAACAGAUGGAAGACGAACUCGAUAUGGAAACCCAGUUGGAGAGGGAAUUAGCCGCGGAGCAAGAAGAACUUCUUGAGGUCGAGGAAGAUGAGGAUGACGUAGGAAUGAACGGUAGAAUAAUCGACGAGGAUGAUGAAGAGGAUGAAGACAAGGAGCGCGAAUCUAUGGUGGAAAACGAGAAAAUACCCUCCACGAGACCAGGAUUGGCCAAAGUUCGCUCUUUACCUGCGAAUUUUAUUUACAAUCCGCCGAGAAACGUCGAUGACGCCUCGAUUUCCGUAUCCUUGGACGAGAAACGUCGCAGUUCUUAUCAUCGCAGUGCAAGACCGUCCAAGUUUAAGUCGAAACGCCGGCAAACCUUCCAUUCGGGCCAUCAUCAACGAAGAUCAUUAUUGCCGAUGCACUUCGAGGUCGCGGAAGUCUUCGAGAAGCCUGUGAGUAAUCUGAGCGUGCCUCGAAUUAUUCCACAUCGCAGUUACGCCGCCGCUAGUCAAGACAUCAGUCAUGUACAACGUCCGAAGUUGCAGACCACCGCGACCACCACGACCACCAGUGGUGAAACGCGUGAAAAUAAAUCUCUGCUAACCGUGAGUAAACCUUCGACUAGUCCUACGGUGAUCAUCCCCCCUGGCUCGAGCGGCAGCACUUUGAGCGUGCCACCGAGAUUGACUAGCGAUCGUUAUCUGAUGCCGACCACUGAGAUCUACCCGUCCAAGGCGACGAUGAGCCGUCGGAUGUCGAGCGACACGCAAUCGCCGACGCAGUCGGAUACGAGUCCGAGCGCGAGCUCGCGGACACCUAGUAUCGCGAACGGUUACGCCGGCGGCAAGGUUCGACUGGAAAUCGAGCAGAAACCGCGAGGGGACGAGCGAGGACGACCAGCGGCGACGGCAGCAUCGACAGCGAUCCAGGACGAUCUGGACGUGCAAUCCGUCAUCAACGAGAGGAGGCCGUCCAAGCUGAGGACGACGCACGACGGCGCGUCUACCAGCGCCAGCAUCGGCAGCGAUCAAUACAGCGCGGUCAUCCGGGGCGAGGGUUACAGCCACAUCUACGUCGCGACCGACGAUAGAUCCGACGAGGCCGCGUCGCCGUGUGGCAACGCGAGCGAGAGCACCGGCAGCCUUAGCGCCGUCGCCAGCCUUAGCGUUGCCGGCAGCAUCUGCGGUGUCGGCAGCAUCUGUGGUGUCGGCAGCAUCAGCAGCGGCAGUGGCGGCAGCCGGAAUGGCGGUAGCGGCAGCGGUAGCGCCGGUGGGGUGCACAUCGGCGAGGGCGGCGCCAUCGGAUCCGACGUUAGAAUAUACGUGGACGACACGGAUUCGGCGAGCAGCAGCAACGGGCAUCGGCGCGGCGGCAGAUUACGCGACGACGAGUCUCCGGACGUCUCGACGACCAUCUCCUCCACUACGACAAUGAGAAACGGCGCUGGAGGCGGUGCGGGUGGUAGCGGCGGCGGAAGCAGCGGUACGGACGAAAACAAGGAGACACCCGAGAGACCGUCCACCGCCUCCGGGCCGCCCGAUGAUCCCUCUUAAUCCGGAGGAUUCCUCUUACUCCGAACGAGCCGAAGUAAUCUCUAAGCUGUAACGUGCCGCGGUGGGAGGAGUUUUCGAAGAUGAAACGCGGAACUACCGAAAAGAGGUGAAGAGGUCGCGCGGGGAGAGGAAAUCUGAGAAAGGGCUCUAAGAAAGACUGUAGUGCAUGACAAUAUAGUCGUUAUAUUCUAGUCACUUUUCGCCGCCGUGAACUUGCCAAAAGCGAACAAGCCGAGCAUUUAGAAAGGUUGAGCUUUUGAAGAAGAGAAGUAUAAAAAAAAAAAUCAUCCCGUACAGAUCGUGCGAGGGAGGUACGAUUUGUGCGAACAAGAUGAUGUAAAUUAGGGAAACCUACUGACGCGUAGUCGCCAACAGCUACGCGAAAAGCGCGCAAAGAUGCGCGUUACGCAACUUGAAAACCUAUGACAAUCUCUUAUUGCCAACGGAACCGAUCUUCGUGUUCCGUUUCCGAUGCGUCGUGGAAGUCGACCUGUAGAAAUUGGUAGGAAGAAGAACGACGUAGAUUACGUCGAAAAAAAUUAGAAAGAGAGAGAAAGAGAGAAAAUUUCAAUAGUUUAUAGCUAGACCUUACGUCGAGUCUAUGCGACAAAACUGCAAUUAAUUGGACCACACUGUCUCGCCUUUUCUUAUUCUCUAACUCUUAAAAAUUGCGCGCGGAUUGCCGGUUGGGAAUCAAACAUGUCUUACAAUCGAUCGACAUAAAUUGUAUCCUUGUUAUUUGACUGACUAAUGUGAAUAAUAGUUAAUUAACUCAAAUUAAACUGGCGGAUAAUCAGAUUUUUACGUAAAUGUAAAUUUAUCUCUAAAGAAUAAUGUCCAAAAAAAAAGAUGUAAUCUUACGCUUGAAAUAAUAUAUACAGAUUGUUUAAUUUUCAUAAAUAACUUUCUUUUCAUUAGAAUUAAUGAUUCAAUCGAUUUAAAGAGUCUUUAAGGAUUCGAUUGAUCAAUUGUGGGGAUUAUUAAUAAUCGGCAUCCGAGAAUCGCGAUUUAUCUUCGUUUCGUUCACUUCACACUCUUUUCACACUCUAGAGCGUUCUUCUCGUUGACAUCUGUGAUAUACUUUAAUCGUAGUGUAUUUCCUAACGGUAACAGAGCAAAUAUCAUGAGACCGUAACAUCAGCAGCAGCCGCAACAGCAAGGAACAGCAACAAUUUUAGGAACGUAGCUGACUUUUUAAUAAAACGAAAACUAAUGUUUCGGAUGGCUUUCGCGGGGAGUAAAAAAAAAUAGAGACACAAAACAAAGAUAAAUAGGAACUCUAUACUGUACAUAACAUAUACCUACGAAUAUUCUAUACUCUACACUUGGUGUGGUUUAUUUUGAUACUACCGCGUGCGGUAAUAUAUUUAACGAUUGUCGAAGUAAAUCUAACAUAAAAAAAGAAAAAGUAAAAGUAAACAACUCUAUGCCUUUUACGAACGUUGACGAACCUUCGUGCGGUGGUGGUGCCCGCGUUUUUUCAGCUGCGAAAGAACGAUCGACGACUUUCACACUCCUUCGUUCGAUCGAGGGUGUAGUCGCUAAAAUGCAUUAACGCGCGCCGGGCGCGUCGCGUUGCUUCGUUAAAAAAAAAUAGUAGUAAUCGUCGGCCGAUCGAUUUCUCGGUCGAUAUUGUGUUUCGUUUAAAAAGCCUAACAAAAUCUCGAGUCGAGCGGCGUUUCUGCGUCGGGUUUAAGCGGAAUUCCUGGUACAAAUAAUCGGACUUUAUCAUCGAGUCCUUCCUAAAAAUAAUUCGUACAACAUAUGGCGGUCCCACGGAGUUGCGCUAAACAUUAGAGCGGCUGAGAAUUCGCUAAUUAGAAAAAUAGUUUCGUGCACGAGAAAAAUUAUAUUAUAACAAGCUAGCUUUAUUAUGAUGCCUUCUUAUUCUCUGUAUCUUUUCGAUGAUAUUUAUUGCCUAUUAUGAUUUACCAUGUUUGUAUGGUUAUAACUUCUUGAAAUUGCUGUACUGCUAUAUACACAUAAUUGGCGCAAGACGAUGCUGUAUCUCUUGAUUAUAAAGCGUGAUUUUCACAAGUUAUUCAAUCGCUGUUUAAUUAAAAUGUGUAAUUUACCAAGUUUAGAAUUUUGUGUCACAAGUUGUGAAUUUUGUGGAAGAGAGAAUUGAGAAUUUUAUAAAACUGUGUAUACUUUAAGAUUGAACAAGAGAGUGUUUGAUUGAAAUGGCUAUUCUAGUAAUAAACCUCGACCGGAAACAAUGCAGUAAGACAAGUACAUAGAAAGUAUAGGAAGGAGUAAUGCGAGCAACUCCACACAUCACUACAUCAGAUCGUGUUAGACGUUUUAAGGGAAGUACAUAGAUAAUUACGUAUCCAUGUGUUUACGUACAUGUACGCGCGUCUCUUCGGCACCACGACUGGCUCUCGAUAGCUCGAUAGCGUUAGACGACUGAUCUCCGAAUUAUAGUUACUCUAGCUACGCGCCGAAAGUGAUCGCGCGCGAGUUCGCCGAUCAAUUGCACACGUAUCGAUAGUCUGGCAAUUAUAUACUGUAAGAGAAGAAAAAAAUAGAAAAAAAAAAAUUACAUAGGAACACCGAUUCAGCAGAAGGCCAGAGAAAAAAAAAAAAAUCAUUAGUCAUACAGUCGUACGUACGUGUGAACGCGUAAUCGAGGGAAAUAUCGAAAUUCGCAGCGUGCCUCUCGAGUCUGUUCUUCGCCCGUAGAGAGGAGGCAGCGCGUAAUCGUCGAAUUAAAGAGCGUAAAAAAAAAAAA